AUGGAGAACAACCUUAACAUACACAUAGGAAACAACCUUACCAUACACAUAGGAAACAACCUCAACAUACACAGGGGGAACAACCUUAACAUGUACAUUUGUAACAAUCUGAAAAUACACAUAGAGCACAACCUUAACAUACAUAUGGGGAACAACCUGGACAUGUACAUGGGGAACGUCCUGAACAUGUACAUGGAGAGAAACCUGAGCAUGUACAUGGAGAACAACCUUAACAUACACAUAGGGAACAACCUUAACAUACACAUAGGUAACAACCUUAACCUACACAUAGGAAACAACCUUAACAUGUACAUGGAGAACAACUUCAACGUACACAAGGGGAACAACUUGAACAUAAACAUGGAGAACAACCUGAACAUGCACAUGGGGAACAUCUUGAACAUACACAUAGGGAACAACCUGAACAUACACAUAGGUAACAACCUUAACAUACACAUAGGGAACAACCGUAACCAUCACAUGGGGAACGACCGUAACAUACACAUAGGGAACAACCUUAACUUACACAUGAGGAACAACCUGAACAUGUACUAG